UUCCUCUUUUUCUUUAUUUUUUCUUCCCUACCCCUGACAAGGGCCUUGUGCCAUAGCCCGACUCUCCCGCCUCCUCCCGCUGGGAUUACAGGCUUGCCCUCUCUAUUUUUGUUCUCAUCUUACGUGCCGGUGCCGAGGAUGUAAAAUAUCUGUCUCUCUUCCAAAACCUGAGCCUCCCUGGAUGUGUUGGAACAUGCCUAUAAUCCCAGCACUGGGGACUGAGACAGGAGGAUUGUGAUUUGGAGGCCAGCCUGGAUUGCUCAGUGAGAACCUGGCUCAUAAAGGCCCACUCGGGGCUUCAGCCUUCACUAGACAUUCAUUAAGUAGUUUCACUUUCUCCAGGAAGCAGCCUCACUGCCUCAAUGAUGAAAUGCCAGCUAUAAAAAUAGUUCAGCCGAGCUACAGCUGGGAGAGCCACAGUCACUCGGCAGACCAGGGGGUGUGCAGCGCUUUGGGGUCUUUACUUACAGGAAGGAACAGGCUUGGGGCACAGGCAAAGCCCUUGCAGCAAUGGAAAGUUCACUGAUCCCAGGCCCAGGGAGGUCAGCCUCACUUUCCAAAGCCCCAAGGCCUGCAGGGUUAGGUUUAAAGCAAAAACCGAGGAUCAAAAGAACCUGUUCUGUUGUCUUCUUUGGCUUAGGGGCGCAGUUGGUUAUUGUGUUUGGAAUCACAAUUGAGUGCAUUGGCAUGAGCACUGUUUAGAUUUUUAAAUCUUGUGAAAUAAUUACUGUUUUCAGGCCUGCUAGCUCAUCAUAGAGCCCUCUGAACAUCUGUGAUCCUGGAAGGUUUACAUGGACUACAACGCCACCACACCUCUGGAGCCCGCAGUCGUCCAGGCUGUGACAGAGGCCAUGAGAGAAGCCUGGGGCAACCCCAGCAGCUCCUACGAAGCAGGUAGGAAGGCCAAGGACAUUAUAAACACAGCUCGGGCGAGCCUGGCCAAGAUGAUAGGGGGGAAGCCUCAGGACAUUGUCUUCACUUCCGGGGGCACCGAGUCGAAUAAUUUAGUAAUCCAAUCUAUGGUGAGAUACUUCCAUGACCAGCAGACCCUGAAGAGGCACGAGAUUGACCAACACAGCCCUGAGGAGGGGGCCAGGCCCCAUUUUAUUACUUGCACGGUGGAACACGACUCUAUCCGACUGCCCCUGGAGCACCUCAUGGAAGAGCAGAUGGCGGAGGUCACUUUUGUCCCAGUGUCGAAGGUGAGCGGACAGGCAGAGGUUGAGGAUGUCCUGGCGGCUGUCCGCCCCACCACGUGCCUCGUGACCAUCAUGCUGGCUAACAACGAGACUGGCGUCAUCAUGCCUGUCCCUGAGAUCAGCCGACGAAUUAAGGCCCUGAACCAGAGCCGGGCUGCCUCAGGGCUGCCCCGAGUCCUCGUGCACACAGAUGCUGCCCAGGCACUGGGGAAGAGGCGAGUGGAUGUGGAGGACCUGGGUGUGGACUUCUUGACUAUCGUGGGGCACAAGUUCUACGGUCCCAGGAUUGGUGCUCUGUAUGUACGAGGGGUCGGUAAACUUACCCCCCUGUACCCCAUGCUGUUUGGAGGUGGACAAGAGCGGAAUUUCAGGCCAGGGACCGAGAACACGCCUAUGAUUGCUGGCCUCGGGAAGGCUGCUGAGCUCGUGAGUGAAAACUGCGAGGCUUAUGAGGCCCACAUGAGAGACAUCCGGGAUUACCUGGAGGAGAGACUGGAGGCUGAAUUUGGUAAGAGAAUCCACCUGAACAGCAGAUUUCCUGGGGUGGAGAGGCUUCCCAACACCUGCAACUUCUCCAUCCAAGGGUCCAAGCUUCAAGGAUACAGGGUGCUUGCACAGUGCCAGACACUGCUGGCCAGUGUGGGAGCUUCAUGCCACUCAGAUCAUGAAGACCGGCCAUCCCCAGUGCUGCUGAGCUGCGGGAUCCCCGUGGAUGUGGCCCGAAACGCACUCCGCCUCAGUGUGGGCCGCGGUACCACCAGGGCCGAAGUGGACCUCAUUGUGGAGGACCUGAAGCAGGCUGUGGCCCAGCUGGAGAGCUAGCGCUAGGGCUCGCAGCUGCUCUGUCCCUCAGGGGCCAGCUGAACUCUGGCCACUCGAUCCAUAGGAAACACCCCUAAGCUGUCCCCUCUCAAGAGCUGCAGUCAGACGAAUGACCUGCUCGGGCACAGAGGAAUGAGGGCUGCCUGUCACACAGAACCCCACUCCAGCCCCAUUCUUACAGGCUUAGGACCAACGCCACAUAGGACUUCCCCGUCACCUCCUGCCAAAGGCUAUGUGGGAACGGAAAGUGUGGGGCAGCCUGUCAGGGACUCCUGGCCCCAGAAAUCACUUUGGCCUGAAGAUAAAAUCCAGUCUCCACUAUCAUUUAGCUGCUGUCGGGAAAAUAGGAAACCUGGUUUUGUCUUCACCCAUGGCCUCCCAUGUGCUCCCACAGAGCCUCCCCACUGCCGCCCUCCUCUGGCCUCCGGUGUCACUGCCCUUCAGUCUCCCAGGCUGAAUGGUCCUCCAGAUGAGGCCUCACACCUGGCAGGCCCUUCCUUUUCCCUGGAGGUCACAGUUCACCUGGCCACGUGUUUUCUCCCUUCCUUCUGCUCAGGGAUUUAACCAAUGUGGCUGACGGGGGCCUAGUGUCUGAUCUUAGUCUUGGCCAAAGUGGGAGAUGUGAUCAUUUCUCACUCAACUUUAAUUUAAUUUUCCUUACAAAGGUUUCUGCCAUCUUGAGGAUGUGGCGCACAUUGUACCAAUAUUUACAUAGGCAUAUCUUCUUGAAUGUUCUUAGCAUGUGGGUCUAUGGUCCAAAGGAUGACACACAUGUGGAAAUUAAAUGAACUAAUAAAAUAUGUCUGAGA